AUGAACCAAUCUCAACCUUCAAUACCUCAACUUCUGGUCCCUCAACCUUUGAUACCUCAACCUUUAAUACCUCAACCACCACAACUUCUGGUACAUCAACUGUUAAUGCCUCAGAACGCUAUAACUUCAUCUUUUGAUGAUCUUAGUGCUGAAAAAAAAUAUGAAAAUUUAACUAAAG